AUGUCGUCCAGCUAUUCUCCCUCAGAUGACAAAUUCAGGAAGCUGGAGGUAACAAAUCAAAAUUUGUGUCUGCGAACUGAGGUGGAAACUUUGUGGACUUUUCCAGAAGUCAUAAAAUACAACUCUGACUUCUGUGGUGGAUUUGAAAACGAAGUUCGCGAAGAAAAUGAUCGAGCAUGUGUGGAUACCAUAGCUGGUGAGAUGAAUGAUGAUCUCUUUGCUGACGAAGAAGAUCGAAGGAAGGUGAUGGCUAUGAACAAGAAGGAUCGAGAGCAGGAAAUUCUUAAGAGGAUGGAAGAACAAGAAAAGAGACUUUUAAGAAAACAAAUAGAAGAGAAACUAGCGGCUGUUCAAAAUGCUGGAUUUGGUUUUGGUGACAUGAAAGAAAGGGAAGAAAGAAGCGGCGUGAAGAGAAGAAUUAUUUGA